UGCAGCACGUAGAGAUGAAUUAAUUCAGCGGAUCUCGCAGUCAGAUGUUUCCCGUCGUCGCGCGACAGCUCACCGCGCUGUCAAGUUCCGUUUCGACCGGCGGUCGUGCGCGCUUUCAUUUCACCGAGGUGAUACGUCACUCAAGCGCUUAUCGGGCUUAUCUCAUUCUCACCCAGUCCAACGCCCGUCGACUUUUAACGAACAGCUGAGCGUUUCUUAAGAAUCUUAAGUUUUCGUGUUUAUCGCCAGAUUUGCACAUUUAUCAGUCCGCGCGACAUAAUCCUACCUCGUGCUGUCACACCGUCUGUCUCGGCCACGCAAGCGGACUGAAGCGGACUCAAAAGAACAUCGCGGCGAUCAAUUCCACGUGGACGUCGUGGACGCGCCCGCAAUGCGACUCGAGGAUCGUGCAAUUUGACGACGCUGAGAGAACGAGGACUGGAGUAGCUGGAGCAAGACUUCGACCUGUAAGCAUCGCUUGAAACAACGAACUGAGUCAUCAAAGCGCGGAAUCUGGUUCACACUGAGCGGAGAAAAUAUCUUUAACAGUAUCCGUUGCAAGUAACACUGGGCUACAUGGUAAGAAUGAACAGAAAGACCAACAGUGCGACGGCCAGAUUGAGACAGGACUAUCUACGCCUCAAAAGAGAUCCAGUGCCAUAUGUUCUUGCGGAGCCAGUACCUUCGAAUAUCUUGGAAUGGCAUUACGUGGUCAAAGGACCGGAAAAAACGCCAUACGAGGGUGGAUUUUAUCAUGGAAAACUCAUAUUUCCAGGAGAAUUUCCAUUCCAACCUCCUAGCAUUUACAUGACCACUCCUAAUGGCCGAUUUAAAGUCAAUACGAGACUGUGUUUGUCCAUUUCCGACUUUCAUCCAGAUACAUGGAAUCCAGCGUGGAGCGUAUCUACUAUUCUUACUGGCUUACUCAGUUUUAUGAUUGAGAAGAGUCCCACGCUUGGCAGUAUUAAUACAACAGAUUAUGAGAAGAGGCAACUGGCUGCACAAAGCUUAGAAUAUAAUUUGAGGGACAAGAUGUUCUGCGAACUCUUUCCAGAAACUGUCGAGACGAUCAGAGCGGAACUGGAACGUCGAAAAGAACUUGAGAAACAAGCGAGGCAUCAGUCUGCUGCGGCCGAAGUCUCUUCGUUGAUACGAGACCAAUUCCAGAGAGAUCAGAGUCCACUGCACAGCGCAUUAGCAAAUCUCGUUGUCAUCAUUGGCUUCGCGGCGUUCGCGUACACGGUGAAUUAUGUACUGAAAAGCAUAGCCAUGGAAUAAGUCCAAAUCAGAAUACUGUAUAUUUUAAGCUACACGAGACAAAAGAAAAGAGAGCUGUGACGAUCACCUACAUAUAUCCUAGAAAGAGGAUUACAUGAAAGAAGAUAUAGGUUAUACCUACCUAUCGAUCAGUCUUUCAAAUUCGUGCAAACCAAGAUUUCAUUCGGUUCCACGCGGCUUGGAACCUUCGCCAGUAAAACUGUGGAUAGCUUCAUAGAUUUUUAUAUCAAGGAUUGAUUGUAAGAUACAAGCUGUAUUAUACUUGCAAAUUCUAUGCGCUCUAGCCAUUAACGGAUAAUCCUUCAAUUCGCAUAAAACGUACGCAAGACGAAAUGUAUAAUCGCAGUGGCUUCCCUGCCAUUUUUCUUAUCGGACUUGCUGUCUUCUGACUUGUAAACAUAAAUACGAGGAAUCAAGUUUCUUCUUUGCGGUGCUGAUAUCCUUCCUUUUAUUGAA